CAUCCCAUCUCAUGCAUGGCUGCCAGUAAUGGUCUACUGGGUGUCAGCCUUUAUUGGCACGGCACAAAGCAAGUGCCAAGGGCUCGGUGGCCCGACUGCGCGCCGCAGACUCGGCCCGUGGAUAAAAGCGAGCAAAAUGCCUCAGACGAGCUCAGAGACAUAGUCAUGUUGGGCUGGAACGAGGAAGUGCAGUGGAGAGGGGAGGGACUCCGGGCGCAGCUCCAUGGGGCCGCCGCGGCGCUGCGACCUUCUGCACAUGGAGCCGGGGAGAGUUGGAAGAACUUCAUACUGCAAACUCAAGGAAUAGCAGAGUACUUGCACCGCAUGGAGACAGAGGAGGCCCAGGAAUUGGCCCUGAUGCCAGGCAGGGACAGCCCCCCUACCAACGAAGCGUCCGAGGAGACAGAGGAGCCCAUGGCCGUCCCCGAGGACCUGUCAGCCAGCUCCGCCCACCAGCAGAACAACAGAGGGGACAAAGUCUGUAACAUUAAAGUUGAGGCUCGCAGUGAUGAGGAGAAUGGGCUGGCCUGUGACAUGAAUGGCGUGGAGGAGGAGGAGUGUGCGGAAGACUUGCGCGUGAUCGAUGCCUCUGGGGCCAAGGUGAACGGCUCACAGCCGAGGCCUGAAGCCAAGGCCUUCUCCUCGGCCGGUGGUAUCCGGCUGCCCAACGGGAAGCUCAAGUGCGAUAUCUGUGGGAUAGUUUGCAUUGGCCCCAAUGUGUUGAUGGUGCACAAGCGAAGCCACACUGGAGAACGUCCUUUCCAGUGCAGCCAGUGCGGUGCCUCCUUCACGCAGAAGGGUAACCUGCUGCGCCACAUCAAGCUCCACUCUGGGGAGAAACCCUUCAAGUGUCACCUGUGCAGCUACGCCUGUCGCAGGAGGGAUGCCCUCUCCGGCCACUUACGCACCCACUCGGUCGGAAAGCCCCACAAGUGUGCGUACUGCGGGAGGAGUUACAAGCAGCGCAGCUCUCUCGAGGAGCACAAGGAGCGGUGCCACAACUACCUCCAGUGCAUGGGGCUGCAGAGCAGCAUCUACACAGUAGUAAAGGAAGAAAGCAACCACAAUGAGCAGAGGGAAGACUUAAGCCAGACGGGAUCUGACAGAGCCUUGGUGCUAGACAGACUAGCUAAUAAUGUAGCUAAACGUAAGAGCACUAUGCCCCAGAAGUUUGUGGGUGACAAGCGUCUGUCGGACCUCUCCUACGACGGAGGAGCAAGCGAGCUGAUUCAGCCCCACGUCAUCGACCAGGCCAUCAACAGUGCCAUCAGCUACUUAGGGGCCGAGUCGCUGCGGCCUCUGGUCCAGACCUCCCCAGCCUCCUCUUCUGAUGUGGGCCUCAGCUCCAUAUACGCUCAUCACAAGCCGGUGCCGGAGGCCCACGCGGGGACGGGCCUCAACCUGUCAGCCAAAGACAGUGCAGCUGAGAACCUGCUGCUGCUCUCCAAGUCCAAGUCUGCCUCCAGCGAGAAGGAUGCCUCGCCCAGCCACAGUGGCCAGGACUCCACUGACACCGAGAGCAACAACGAGGACCGCUCGGGCGGGGCGGCCCCCGGUCUCAUCUACCUGACCAAUCACAUCACCUCCGGGGUGAGGAAUGGCGUGCUUCCUCUGGUGAAGGAGGAGCAGCAGAGGCAGUACGAGGUUCUCCGGGCCAGCAUGGAGAUGGCCUCCGAGGGCUUCAAGGUGGUGACGGCGGACGGGGAGCAGGUGAGGGCGUACCGGUGCGAACACUGCCGCGUCCUCUUCCUGGACCACGUCAUGUACACCAUUCACAUGGGCUGCCAUGGCUUCAGAGACCCCUUCGAGUGCAACCUCUGCGGUCACCAGAGUCAAGACCGAUAUGAGUUCUCCUCCCACAUAACGCGAGGCGAGCACCGCUACUGAGCCCCAUCCACCAGGGAACACACACACACACACACGACAAAGAAAGUGUAUAUAUGGGGAAAAAACACACACACACACACACACACACACACACACACACACACACACACACUCAAAGACAUGCACCUGAACCAAAUACAUAGAAGAAAAAAAAAUACACUGUUGGUGUCUGAAAGAUGUGUUUUCUUUACACAAGGUAUGCAUGUAUGUGGAACACAGGUAAAUGUAUACAGUGAAUAAAAACAUCCAUUUAUUUUAAUUUCAAAAACCGUGUUCAGAAGAAAUACUAGUUAUCCGUUAGUCUUUUUUUUAAGAAACGAAACUUCAUUCCGGUGACGAGCUGAGGUACUGUGCCACUUCAUACAUACACUUUAAAUCAUGUAUUUACAGUUGACACAUGUAUAAAAUGUACAAAUGUGACUUUUCUUUUGGAAAACCAGGCAGCAACUUUUUUUUUUCUAGUUCUGAAGAAAAGAUCCCCAUCCUGUCAUUUGCAGUCUAAAAUGUUGGAAAAAGACUGCAGCUGUUUUCAUCAGAGGAAAACCUAAAUAUCUGCAUUAAAUGCACUCACUAAAGGCUUAACAAUCAGUGUAGAUACGCCCACAUCUCCCUCCAAAGUUUCAACCUGUCUGUUGCAACCUACACAUUAUUUAUAUCACAUUUAGACUCCUGUCUGUUUUUGUAUUUAUUGAAAUGAUCGUUGUUCGUCUGUAGGGUAAUUUUAAAAAAAGUUGCAUCUUUUUCUGUUCAACUGUACUAAAUGUGUUUGAGGUGAAAUCAUGACUUGCUGCUGGAAGCUGUUUGGUUUUUUUUUGGUUUUAUCAUGAGAAAAUGUUAUCCUGGCCUUUUCUUUUCAUACCUGAUAGCUAAGAAUUGUUUCACUCACAAAAUGAAGUGAGCCAUUCAAAGGAAACUUAAAGCUUGCAAAAUAUCAAUAAAAGAUAUUUUAUAUAUGCA